CUUCCACCCCAGUGUUUGUUUGGGUUUCUUCGGGGGCGAUGAGGUCAGACCCAAAAAUUUUUUUCGUCCCCCUCUCAUCUUUUUUCUUCCUUUUCUCGCCGGCUUUCCUCUUUUUUUCCCUUUUUCUUUAUCCUUCUCAAUUAUGCUUCGUUUGGCUGCUUCUCGUUUGUUGGCCAACACUGUAAAGGCUCCCAAGCCUUUCCAUGCUGUUGUAAGCAUCCCUCUCUUUUCUCUACUGCUUGGCACGACACUAAAUCAUCUCACACUGUUCGUUUUAUUUUCCCCCUUUGUUAGCGCUCGCUGUCUACAACCGCCCCUUCAUGGAUGGCUAUGCCUAGCACUGGCAACACUGACUCGGAAAAGAUCAAAAUCACUCUUCCCGAGAACUCCUUCGAAAUGUAUAACGCUGAGAAGCCCAGCCUUGAAGUUGAAAUCUCCAAGGAAGAGUUGUUGGAUAUGUACACCAAGAUGACCACCAUGAGACGUAUGGAAAUGGCCGCUGAUGCCCUCUAUAAGGCCAAGAAGAUCCGUGGUUUCUGCCAUUUGUGCAAUGGUCAGGAAGCUGUUUCUGUCGGUAUGGAAGCUGCCAUCACCCACGACGAUCACGUUAUCACCGCUUACCGAUGCCACGGUUUCACCUACGUUCGUGGCGGUUCCAUCAAGAGCAUUCUUGCCGAAUUGAUGGGUCGUGAAGCAGGUAUCUCGAAGGGAAAAGGUGGAUCUAUGCACAUGUUCUCUCCCUCUUUCUAUGGCGGUAACGGUAUCGUCGGUGCUCAGGUUCCUUUGGGUGCUGGUGUUGCCUUCACCCAGAAGUACUUGGGUAUCCCCUCCGUCACUUUCGCUCUCUACGGUGACGGCGCUGCUAACCAGGGUCAGGUAUUCGAAGCUUUCAACAUGGCCAAGCUCUGGGAUCUUCCUUGCGUCUUCGUCUGUGAGAACAACAAAUAUGGUAUGGGUACCGCUGAUAAGCGCUCCAGUGCCUCCACCGAAUACUUCAAGCGUGGUGAUUACAUUCCCGGUAUCAAGGUCAACGGUAUGGACUCUCUCGCUGUUCUCAAAGCCUGUCAAUGGGCUAAGGAAUGGACCACCUCUGGCAAGGGUCCCUUGGUAAUGGAAUUGGCUACCUACCGUUACGGUGGUCACUCCAUGUCCGAUCCCGGCACCACCUACCGUACCCGUGAGGAAAUUCAGCAUAUGCGUUCGACCUCCGACCCUAUUACUGGUAUGAAGCAUGUCCUCAUCGAACACGGCGUUUCCAGCGAAGCCGAACUCAAGGCUAUUGAUAAGGAGGCUCGCAAGGUUGUUGAUGCUGCUUUGAAGGAAGCUGAAGCUUCUCCCGAACCUGAUGUCAAGGAAUUCUUUACCGACAUCUACCAACCCGGCACUGAACCCGCAACCAUCCGUGGCCGUGAACCCAACGAAAUCUAUCAUUAUUAAGCAAUGAAAAAAAAAGUCUAAUAUACAGUAUACAUGUACAAACACAUUUUCCAUCCUUGUAAACGCCUUGUCGCUUUCUUGAAUUUCAAUAUAUUCCUAUCAUGAAAAAAAAAAAAAA